CUUUAGGAGGCCGAUCAGCCUGACCCUCGUCGAUUAGUGCUAACCUGCACGCCAGCAUCGCCUGGUUCGCCAAGCGACCACUCGCUGCCAGUCCAAGCCUCCCUGGGCUGUCCCGUGCCGUGCAGUCGCCGCCACAAUCCACGUGUCCAGCUCGCCUGCGGCAGCCAUCGCGUCAAGCUAGCGCGAGCGACAAGCCAGCGCAACACGUCAAGAAGAAGCCAUCAUGGCAGAAUUAGUGGACCGCGACGACGGCGCCGACACGCCCCACGAGAACGAGGGCCGCGCGCCGCCGCCGCCCGUGCCUAGAAACAAGAAGAAGGGCAAGGGCAAGAAGAAGGCCGCGCCAACCUUGACCUCGGAAGCUCAGCGAAGAGAAGAACUCCAACAACUCGUCGCGAGGAUGCGCAGAUCUAGGGUCCAAGACGACGGCGGCGACAAACGCAAGCCGCACAAAUUUUGGGACACGCAACCCGUCCCCAAACUCGACGAGGCCAUCGAGGACGCCCAGAUCAAUGAUGUGAUUGAGCCCAAUAAAGACCACGCCGCGAUCCGCCAGGAGCCGUACGCGAUGCCUGAAGGGUUUGCUUGGAGUGACCUCGAUGUGACCGAUGAAAGCGUGCUGAAGGAGAUCUAUACGUUGCUGAAUGAGAAUUAUGUGGAGGACGACGACGCGAUGUUUCGCUUUGAUUAUUCGAUGAGAUUUUUGACGUGGGCUCUCACACCCCCAGGGUAUCGGGCGGAGUUCCACUUGGGCGUUCGGGCAGCUCGAGGCAAGAAGGGGCUGAUGGCGUUUAUUACGGGCGUGCCGGCGUGGUGCGUCGUCAGAGGGAAGAGAGUGAAAUGCGUGGAGAUCAACUACCUAUGUGUGCACAAGAGGUUAAGGACGAAACGGUUAGCUCCUGUGUUGAUCAAAGAAAUAACAAGAAGAGUCAAUCUAGCCGGCAUUUUUCAAGCGGUCUAUACGGCUGGAGUAGUACUCCCAAAACCCGUGGCCUCGUGCCGCUACUUCCACCGCUCGCUGGAUCCGAAGAAGCUCAUUGAGAUCGGCUUUUCAAGGUUGGCACCGCGGAUGACCAUGGCGAGAACAAUUAAGUUAUACAAAUUACCUGAAACGCCUACGAUCCCAGGGUUCCGGGCUAUGCAGCCCGGCGACGUCAAGGAAUGCACUACCUUACUCACUUCCUAUCUGGAGAAGUUCAAGCUCCACCCGCACCUCGACGAGUCAGAAGUGGCCCACUGGAUCCUACCGCGCGAAGGCGUCGUGGAUGCGUUCGUCGUCGAGGACCCGGAGACCGGUGCCAUUACCGACUUAUGUAGCUUCUACCACUUGCCUUCGACCGUCAUUGGUCAUGAGAAGCACAACACGCUGAACGCGGCGUACAGCUUCUACAACGUCGCGACGUCCGUGCCGUUGCAGGAGCUCAUGCGCGACGCUUUGAUUUGUGCUAGGAACGUCCAGAUGGACGUCUUCAACGCGCUGAACGUCAUGGAGAACGACCAGUUCCUCAAAGACCUGAAGUUCGGGAUUGGCGACGGGCACCUCCAGUACUACCUCUACAACUGGAAGUGCGCCGAGAUGCGCGCCGAGGACGUGGGGUUGGUGCUGCUCUAGGGCGUUGGUGGCGAGGCGCGGCGGCGGGCGUCGGGGCGGGUGCGAGUCCGUCGCCGCCGCCAGCGGGAUGUCGCCGGCAUAAAAUAUCUAGCUAGA